AUGUCUCAACCUGGCGAGAAGAAGACCAUGCGGGAAACUAUUUACGAGGAGACUGAGAAGAGUUCUGCUUCCUCGAGUCCGGAUCUUACACCCACCCCUUCAUCAUGGUCAGAAAAGAGCAUACGAGAGCCUCUCGAAGAGAUAUUCGAGCCAGAAACACGCCCACAAUCUACAGAUCUGGAAAGGACGCCGACAAACGUUCUGAACAGGAUUGCAUCACGAGUAACGACACAUUCGCUCAAGGAACCUGGCCCACCACCCGAUGGCGGCUUCAAAGCAUGGUUACAAUGCGCUAUGGCAUGGCUUGUCGUCUUCAAUACUUGGGGAUUCUGCAAUAGUUUUGGAACCUUUCAGACGUACUACACUCAAACCCUUGGAGAAACCCCUGCAACUAUAUCGUGGAUUGGCUCGAUACAAGUAUGGGUGCUGUUCUUCCUUGGAACCUUUGCUGGUCGUGCGAUGGACGCUGGGUACUUUGUGCCUACUUUCGCUGUGGGCACUGUGUUCCAACUCGUGGGUAUCUUCAUGACAUCCCUGUCCACAAAAUACUGGCAGCUGUUCCUUGCUCAGGGUGUGUGUACUGGCAUUGGUUCCGGAAUCCUGUUCACACCUUCCAUGGCACUUCUCAGUACCUACUUUUCGAGCCAUAAAGGUCUUGCUGUGGCACUAGCGACUACUGGUAACUCUGCUGGUGGUGCUCUGUACCCUCUCAUCGCUCGUCAGCUUCUGCCUCAGAUAGGUUUCGGAUGGACUAUUCGCGUGCUGGGCCUGAUCAAUCUUGUCUUCUUGUGCACCGCUGGUCUUGCUAUGAAGCCUAGACUUCCACCUCGCAAAUCUGGACCUUUGGUCGACUUUUCUGCCUUCAAGGAGAUUGACUACAUGCUCGUCAGCAUCGGCUUAUGCUUCCACAUGUCCAGUCUGUACUUUACAAACUGGUACAUUGCGUCCUAUGGUCGCGACAUGCUCGGCUUCUCCUACUCCAACUCUGUAAUCCUGCUCAUCAUUCUCAAUGGCGUGGGCAUUCCCGCUCGUGUCCUAGCAGGCCACGUCGCAGACCGUUAUCUCGGUGCUCUAAACACUCUGAUCCCUGUUCUACUCUACGUCAACAUCCUUGCCUUUUGCUGGAUGGGCGUGUCUUCCCAAACCUCACUUUACAUCUUCGUUUCCUUUUACGGUCUUGGACUUGCUGCUUUCCAAUCUCUUAUCCCCACCACUAUUGCCAGAAUGACCAAGGAUAUUAGCAAAGUUGGCACGAGAAUGGGUAUGGUGUUUACCUUUNUGUCGUUUGCUUCUUUGGUUGGUCCGCCUAUUGGUGGUGCUUUGCUUUCUGCCGCUGGAGGGUCUUAUGUUUAUGCUCAGGCUUGGUCGGGCGCUUCGGCUGCUGUGGGAACUGCUCUUGUUGUUGCGGCGAGGAUUUAUGCUUUUGGCUGGGGAAAGGUCAAGUGUUAG